AGUGACAGUGGCGGCUCCGUGCCGCGCGGCCCCGUCCCGCAGACAUGGCUCUGGCCGCCGUGCUUUUGGCCGCUCUACUGACCGUCGCCAGUGCCGCGCAGCCGCCACACAUCAUCCUGAUCGUGGCCGACGACCUGGGCUUUGACGACACCAGUCUGCGGGGCUCUGACCAGAUCCCCACACCGAACCUGGAUGCGCUGGCGUUCAGCGGCGCCGCGCUGGGCCGAUACUACGUGCACGCGCUGUGCACCCCGUCCCGAGCAGCGCUGCUGACGGGCCGCCUGCCGACGCACACCGGCCUCCAGACGGACGUCAUCUACGCCGCCGAGCCGUACGGGCUCGGACUGAACGAGACGCUACUGCCGCAGCUGCUGGAGCCGCUCGGAUACAGCUGCCACGCCGUGGGAAAGUGGCACCUGGGCUUCUACAGGCGGGCGUACACGCCGUCCCAGCGCGGCUUCAAAUCCCACCUGGGCUUCUGGGCCGGCCAUGGAGACUACUAUGAUCACACUGCCAAGGAGGGGGAGUACUGGGGGCUGGACCUGCACCGUGACCUGGAGCCGGUCGGCGACCAGCUGGGCCGCUACUCGACCGACAUCUUCACAGAGGAGGCUGAGCGGCUGAUCAGCGCCCAUAAUGCCUCCCGGCCGCUGUUCCUGUAUCUCGCCCACCAGGCGGUACACGCCGGGAACUCGUACGCGCCGCUGCAGCCCGGCCCGGCGAUCGGCGCCGACCAGUUCCCCUGGAUCACAGACCCCCAGCGGCGGGCGUUUGCGGCCGUGACGGCGGCACUGGACGCCGCGGUGGGCCGGGUGGUGGCCGCGCUGGCCCGGGCCGACCUCCUCUCUAACUCGCUGAUUGUUGUGACUACUGAUAACGGCGGCGCGGUGGACGGGGUAGACGGUAACGCCGCCUCCAACUGGCCCCUGCGCGGCGGCAAGUACACGCUCUGGGAGGGAGGUGUGCGCGGCUCGGCGCUGGUCUGGAGCCCCCGACUGCCGCGCUGGAGCCGCCCCGUACAGCGCACCGUUCACAUCACCGACUGGCUGCCGACACUACUGGAGGCUGCAGGAGGGGCACCGGACCGCCUCCCCGCCCUGGACGGCGUCAGCCAGUGGCCCGUGCUCACCGGCGCCGCGCCCGACCAGGACACGGACAGGACCAUCUUACACAACAUCGACCCCAGCAACAACUACUCGGCCCUGAUGGUGGACGCCAGGUACAAACUGGUGCAGGGGGAGCCGUUCCCGUACAACGGCUGGUACUCGGCCGGCGCUCGGAACAGCUCCGGUCUCGAUAUGUUCGCGCUGCUAUCUGAGAGCCCCGCCGGGCAGGCGGUGAGUCAGCUCGGCCGUCCCGUCGACCGGGAGACGGCCGAUUCCCUGCGCCGGCAGCUGGCGGUGGAGUGUGACACGGAGCGGCCGACCGCAGCCCACUGCGCCGACGGCUGCGUGUUUGACGUGGUCGCCGACCCGUGCGAGACGACAGACCUCUCCGACACCCAGCCCCUGCUGCGGCGCCAGCUCGAGGAGCGGCUCGACCAGCUGCGAGCCUCCAUGGUGCCCUCUCGGAAGGUGCCGGCUGACCCGCGGGCCGACCCGAAGCUCUGGAACUACACCUGGACGUACUGGGCUGACCUGCUGCCGGACGGCUGCCCCCAGCCGCCCUGAACCUGCGCCCUGGAGGGUCCACUGCUCUGACCGUGCUUGGCAGGCAGCCAGGUCACCAGAUGCGACAUCCUAGCUGCAGGGCCGGACGCCUCAAUAAUUGCAUCCAUAAAAAGGUUUUGUGAUACCUUUUAUGCGUAUUAGGGGUACCCAUUUUUCCCGAUUUUGGAAAUUUGUGGGUGGGGGUGGUUUUUCCCAUUAUUUCGCGGCUCCUGAUUCCAAUGGUGCCAAAAAUUUUGAAAUCAAAGGUGGUUUAGAGGUCGCGAAUUGAGAUUGAAAUUUGCGUAUUUACCUAGAAAUAUGCUUAUUUUACGCUGAUAGUAAGUCGCAACGAAGGCAAACUUUUUGUUUCGAGAGUCGGGUAGAGGGGUCAUUGAACGCUCCUUUUUCAUCCAGAUCGAUGUGUUCCAUCACGUGGUUACGGUUAAAUGCUUUACUAGCGAUCAUUACAAUGUCGAUAUUGUAACAUUUGGUGAAAAGCGCCAGAAUGUUUUGCUCCUGUUGCUGGUAUCAUUCUGAAUCUGGUCAGCGUGCAAUCAUUUUUGAUAUUUUCUUUUUGUGUUGCAUUAGUGACCUUUGAUGACCUUUGAGGUCAAACUAAAAUGUGAAGUUUCAGUUGCCAUAUCUCAGUUCAUGACAGGCUCUUUGUGUCCAUACAAUUAAAGUUUGUGCUCAGGAUACAUCUGACAGAUCAAUAUGGCUCCGAAUGUAUUUCAAACCAUUUAAUUCAAAAACGAUCAAACCAUUUCGACCGUAUACUUCCACAAGAAACGCCGACCUGUUCACUCACGGCUACGAUGUAAAACACCUAUAGACAGGGUAGGAUAAAUACCUUUUUUUUCGAACUACCUAUGGGUGUUCUAUAAAAAAGAUCAACUUCUGAUCCAAAAACAGAAACUCCAAAGAGUCGACUCUAUCCAUGCCCACCAACCAUGUACCAUUUCAUUUCUUCAGUGGGGACAGAUACACACCGUUCAUGUAAGAGUUUCCGAUACAAUCCGAUCAUUUACGAGUUCAUAUUAAUUAUUCGACACGGGGGACUAGCCAUGCGCUAAUACGUGCACGGUUGAUAGGUAUGUGACGAAGAACUUUCACAGCUUCUGGCACAAAUCACUUGUGAUCUCAGGUAAUUGGCGUCUGAAUCUGAAGAACCUAAUGUAGCAGAAGAUUUUCAUCCUGCAUGGGCCGUAUGGUGGCACCAAGACGCAUCAUAUAAAGGAGUGUGCAUGCAAAGGCUGAAGAGGAGGAGAAUCAGGUCCGCCGCCUAAGGUCCAUGGCCCACCCACUGUGUCGGCCCCCAGUCAAUGCCAAGAAUCAGUAAAAGGUUCUGCCUCGGAGUUGGCUGAGUCGUUUAGAUUUUGCACCUUCCUAAUUUCCAGCUUUAGGCAAUGCCAUUCGAGUUCAGUUCAGCACCAUCUGAGGGUUUGGACUGGGCCUGUAGAGUGCAGCGUAAGAUCCGUUACUUUAUCUUGCAAGGAUGCUGCUGGCAGCGGCCAUCACCAGGCACUAGUUCCAUGGCAUGAUAUCUGCACCCGUCUCAUGUCAACAGCUGCUUGUAGUGGCACAUGCCCAGAACUGGAGCCACGAGCAGUCGUGCACGCUUUCGGCCAGGCCAGUGCUGUCCGUCAUCAGCAAGAUUGCAAACAUAUUGCUUUCUUAAUGGGGUGAGGAUGAAGUUCAUUGUUCCUCUCCUCCUGUGAUGUUCUCCUCCAGCUGUUUUUCCAUAUGCACAGUCGCAUUAUGUGUGUGGUUGUGGGUGUUUGUGGGGGAGGGGCAAAGCUACACUCAAGCACAGCGGUCACCCAAAGGCGCGGUGGUGUAAAGCUUGCGCCCCUCCCUCUGCCGUCUGCAACUCCGGGACUCAGGGAGGUCGUCUAGCGAAUUGGAAAAGGUCAUGCAUACCGGCAUAGCUUAAUGCUGUUUUUAUGUCUUUGUAGAUAUAUUUGGUGCUCUUUUACCGCUGCACGUCAAAUAUACAACUGAAGUAGUGUUGCACGGUGUCCAACAGUCAUCAAUACCACUGCAACACAUUGGCUUUGCAUAUUUAUAGUCGUUAAAAUGAAGUCAUUUUUCCAAGUAAAAUCAAAACUUCCAAUGCAAGCUCGCGACCCCUAAAAGUAGUCUGAUAUCGUUAUUUCUGUCACUGUUAGAUCCAGAACGGAGCAAAAAAAAAUGAUAACAUCAACCCCAAACUGUGGACAUGGUAACCUUGUUCCAACAUAAAAUAUUGCUAAUUUGGUCGAUUUUCCGCUAAUAUUAACAUUUUCAUUUUGAAUUCGCGACCCCUAGAAAUCGUUUGGUUUCGUUAUUUUUGGCACAGAUGGAAUCAGAAUAGACCAAAUAAUGGGAAAAUUGACUCCAACCUGUUCGCAUUGCAACCUUGUUCCAAAAUAAAAUAACAUAAUUUUGGUCAAUUUUUCGCUAAAAUUGGCAUUUUCAUUUUGAAUUCGCGACCCCUAGAAAUCGUUUGAUUUCGCUAUUUUUGGCCCAGAUGGAAUCAGAAUAGACCAAAAAAUGGGAAAAUCCACCCCCACCUAAAAUUUGGAAAAUUGACCCAAAAAUGGGUACUGUUGUGUUGGUCACUGACCUUUUAUGUCAGAGGUCACUAACCUCAUAAGAGGUAUCCGUGUUUUAACUGUACGUGCCGAGAACGCGAUAUUUUAUCGGAGAAAAUUUGAACGUUCUCUCGGCACAAACUGAACGGUGUGUUAUAAUUUGGUCUUGAAUAUGUAAGGCACUCGAAUACAGGAAUUAAACUAAACGAACUCUAAGUUACAACAUAAUGGCGACAAGGAUGAGAUAUUAAUUAAGUAGUGUAACGUAACGUCAGAUAUCGAGUGUUAUCACGAUAAUUUUUAUUUGAGAGAAGAUUGGUGCAAAGUAACUUAACAGACGUUUGAUUGAGUUGGAGUGAGGCUGAACGGUGAACUGAGUCGCGACUGUUGCAUAUGAUUGUGGAUAUCACUGUGGACCCGGAACAGGCCACAGCAAGUAAAUAUGGCGCUCAGUCUCAGCACUCCAGAGAAGUUCCAUGAAGGUGAAGACUUCGAUAUAUGGCUAGAUGGAUUUGAAGUGUACCCACUGGCGGAUCCAGGGG